CCGCACGCAUCGUUUGAAAUAACAAACAGUUUGAUUUUUACCGCAGUUGUCGUCCGGCAAGCAAUAGCAAUGGAGGCGCUGAUUUCGGAAGUACACGAAAGAAAUGCAUUGUGGAAUAAAAGAAACCCUCAUUACAAGGAUCCUAAAAGCAAGUCAGGCGAUUCCCGAGAUUGUGCUGCAACAUAUCUUGGAAAAUGGCAUCUACUCUUCUUAAAGGAUACAGUAGUCCCAAGAGAUACUGAGGGAAAUACAUCACUGUUAGAGGUAUCAGAAGAUACGCAGGUCUGUAAGAUUGAAAGUGAAUUUAAUGAAAACGAAGAUUGGGAAGAAACUGCUAGUAUGGACUCAAACGCAAUUGUUUCACUUCCACAAGAAAGUUUGAACGAAAUACUAACACCGCCUGUUUCUCAACCAACAGAAAAUCCACUAUCUUUGUCCAAGAGAUUAUCAGACACUGAGGCUAAAAAGCUUGCACUCCUUCAAACACCGGAAGAUGAGAAUUCUCUCUUUCUGAGAUCAUUACUGCAAUAUUUGAAAAGAAUGGAUCCAUUUCAGCAACUACGAGUUAGAACAAAAUUUCGAGAUAUACUGCUGCAAGAAAUGUCACAAGACCAAUCGAGCAGUUUCCAGACUUCCGGUACAAGUUGCCCUAUUAUGGGUCCAUCUACUGCUGUGUCAUCAGUCCAGUCAAACUAUUCCAACAUUUCUUCACCCACUUCUCCUACCAACUCAGCUUACUCCAAUAAUCCUCCUUCAUUGUCUGAUCAUAAUUGUUAUUCGAGUCUUACCGCUUCGCCUCAUGGCACAAGUAUAUUGUAG